UAAAAAUGCUUACAAAACAGGCAUCUUGUACGAUCGGGUAAACCGGUUUAUCUGUCGGAGCUUUUCACUUACAAACCCGAAGUUCCAAACCUAUUCCGCAAUUUCAAGAACAUUCUGAUCAAUCAAUCAAGAAAUGCCUGUGAGAGUGGUAGACAACUCUGCACCUUCUCAAGUUUCAGGUGCAAAUUCUGGAAACACUUCACCCCCAGCCUGCUCACUUUUGAGUGUUGGACAGGCAUUUUCUGGUACUCAGAAUGUCUCAAAUCUUCAAAAGGAGGAAGCUUGGAGAGUUAAUGUCCGGAUACAAGGAUGUGACCUUGAACAUGGAUAUCUUUGUGGCACCAUGGAAGCUCUGAAUGUACCCAUGGCUGACACACCAGUAGUAACCUUCUGGGAAGGAGAGAUUGUUGAUACCAAAAACUAUACUUUCUACACUGGCAAAUGGGAAGCAUCGCCGGAGGAUGAUAUAAGGCAUUGGACAAAGUUUACUUCUUUUUCACCCCUUCUUAAUCAAGUGAAGGUUGAUGGUGGCAAAUCCUUGGACCUCAGUAACUAUCCUUACAUAUUUAUGAGAUGGAAAGAGCAAUAUUUUGUGAAUGUUGGAACAGACUGUGGGCUAACUAUAGCUGGCUUCUACUAUGUUUGCUUCUCGUGUAGUGAUGGCUCCAUCAAUGGCUUCUAUUAUGAUCCCAAUAGCAGCCCCUUUCAGAAGCUUGAGCUGAAAUGUACCAAUGAGGGAAGAUCAGGUUUCAGUUUCUCAUCAUAUGAGUUACAAUAAAAAAAAAAAAAAUUUGUCGAGUGAAUCUGAUAGCAGCACUGAUUCCACUACUGAAACUAUGUGAGUUCCUCAAUUUACAUGUUCAAAAGUUCUGAGGGAGGAUUUGCAAGAGCUCAAGCACUCAAACGAAUAUGCAUCCUGAUAACUCAGAAAAAUUGAUUAAAUGUGAAUAUAUUUGAUUAUAUGAUGUUAUGUAUUAGUGCCUAUACUUUCUGGUAUCCCUGUUUCAAUUUCGUUACGGUUUUAAAAUCAAGAAUCAGUUCAGAAUUGCAGGCCAAA